UUCCAUGUUGUACAGGACUUAUGAGUGAGUCCUGGGAAGUGAGAAGAGAACGGAGAACGGAGAACGCGUCUCGUUAACUCAUAAAUUUCUUCAUCGUCGACUAACACAGUAACACUUCAUUUUGAUGCUUCUCUUCUUUUCCAAAGCUAGGCUUCUUCAGAGAUUCAGAAACUCCUCUCAUUCAUCCAAGCGAGGUCGGUUUCUCUAUUUGCUUCUUUGCAUUCUUUCGAGCUUUUCUUCGCACGGAGUGAAGAGGCUCUCAAUAUUGAAAUGAGGAGACUUAAUUAAUAGGCUGUCUUGAGAUCUGCAUAUUGUUCUCCUUUCUCGUUCCGAGAUUGGUACAUCAUGGCUAUGAAAAUGAACUCUGCUGAUAAUAGGACACGGAGCUCUGUAUCUAUAUUUAUAGUAGUUGGUUUGUGCUGUUUCUUUUAUAUUUUGGGAGCAUGGCAAAAAAGUGGUUUCGGGAAGGGUGACAGUAUAGCUGUGGAGAUAACCAAGCAAACAGAUUGCAGUGUCCUUUCCAAUUUGAAUUUUGAGACCCACCACAGUGGUGAAGCUGGGGUGAUUGAUGAUCCUGGCUCAAAAGUUGAAGUGUUCAAGCCAUGUGAUGCUCGUUACACUGAUUAUACUCCCUGCCAAGAUCAAAUGCGGGCUAUGACCUUCCCUAGGGAAAAUAUGAACUACAGAGAAAGACAUUGUCCCCCAGAGGAAGAGAAGCUGCAUUGUCUUAUUCCGGCACCAAAAGGAUAUGUUACUCCUUUCCCCUGGCCAAAGAGCCGUGAUUAUGUACCUUAUGCCAAUGCGCCAUAUAAGAGCUUGACAAUUGAGAAGGCUGUUCAGAACUGGAUUCAGUAUGAGGGCAAUGUUUUCAGAUUUCCAGGUGGAGGAACACAGUUUCCUCAAGGAGCAGAUGCAUAUAUUGACCAACUUGCUUCUGUAAUCCCAAUUGAAAAUGGGACAGUGAGAACUGCACUUGACACUGGUUGUGGGGUUGCAAGUUGGGGAGCAUACCUUUUGAAAAGGAAUGUAAUAGCCAUGUCAUUUGCACCAAGGGAUUCACAUGAAGCACAAGUUCAAUUUGCUCUGGAAAGAGGUGUGCCUGCUGUUAUUGGUGUGCUUGGAACCAUUAAACUGCCGUACCCAUCUAGAGCCUUUGAUAUGGCUCAUUGUUCUCGUUGCUUAAUUCCAUGGGGAGCAAAUGAUGGAAUGUACAUGAUGGAAGUAGAUCGAGUUCUUAGACCUGGAGGCUAUUGGGUCCUUUCUGGUCCUCCCAUUAAUUGGAAAACUAACUAUAAGUCAUGGCAACGCACUAAGGAAGACCUUGAGGGGGAACAAAGCCACAUUGAAGAGAUUGCCAAACUUCUUUGUUGGGAAAAGAAGUAUGAGAAGGGUGAAAUUGCCAUCUGGAGAAAGAGCUUAAAUGCUGAAUCAUGUCGUGGGAGGCAAGAUGAUUCCCGUGCUAAUAUAUGUGCAUCCAAAAAUCCAGAUGAUGUCUGGUACAAGAAGAUGGAGGCAUGCUUAACUCCUUAUCCUGACGUAAACAGUCCAGAUGAAGUUGCUGGAGAGGAGUUGAAGCCAUUUCCUCAGAGGCUUAAUGCCGUCCCUCCCAGAGUAGCUAGUGGAUCUGUUCCUGGGGUGUCUGUUGAAACAUACUUGGAUGACAACAAAUUAUGGAAGAAGCAUGUGAAAGCUUAUAAGAAAAUCAAUAAGAUCCUUGAUUCGGGGAGGUAUCGCAACAUGAUGGAUAUGAAUGCUGGAUUGGGAAGUUUUGCAGCUGCAAUUGAAUCUCCCAAAUUGUGGGUUAUGAAUGUUGUUCCCACUAUUGCAGAAAAAAAGACUCUUGGUGUUAUAUAUGAAAGAGGGUUGAUUGGCAUAUAUCAUGACUGGUGUGAAGCCUUCUCUACAUAUCCAAGGACAUAUGACCUCAUUCAUGCAAAUGGUGUUUUCAGCUUAUACAAGGACAAAUGUAACGCUGAGGACAUUCUUCUGGAGAUGGAUCGGAUUCUGAGACCAGAAGGGGCGGUCAUCUUUCGUGACGAUGUUGAUGUGCUGAUCAAGGUAAAGAGGAUCAUUGCAGGGAUGAAGUGGAAUACAAAAAUGGUAGAUCAUGAGGAUGGCCCCCUUGUGCCUGAGAAAAUAUUGGUUGCUGUCAAACAGUACUGGACUGUCGGCGAAAACAACUCCACGUCCUCAGUGUAAAGGAUGGAAAAUGGAGGAAUUUCAGCAGUCAAUGCUCCCUAGAUCCAGGUGGAAAUGGUGCUUAAAUUUAUUAUCCUGUGACUGCUUGGCAAGUGGCAGCAAGUCAGAGGGAGGAUGGCUCUUACAAUCACAUUGGCCGUGAUCUUUUAUUGUAGUUAUUAUAGAAAAAUUACAUUAGUCUCCAGGCUUUAUUUAUGAUUUGAGUGCUUUCCAAUUUUUUCAGUAUCUGAUAGUCGAUGCUCUUGCAAAUAUGAGCAAUCGGUUAAAGGGCUUCCACUAGUUCAAUCCACGUUUUGUAAACAGGAUUUUAGGUCCUUCCAGAACUUUUGUUGUCAUUUAUGUUCAUCUUUAAUUUAUAAUAUUAAUAAAAGGUAGUAGUGUCCAUGGA